UUCAGUGAUGGUGUCUGCUGAUCUGAGUGACGAGCUAACCUGCUCCAUCUGUCUGAGUAUUUAUACAGAUCCUGUAACCCUGACAUGUGGACACAGCUACUGCCAGGUCUGUAUUGGGAAUGUGCUGGACACACAGGAGGGAUCCGGAGCCUAUAGGUGUCCUGAAUGCAGAGCAGAGUUUCAGGAACGUCCGGCACUGGAGAAGAAUAGGAAGCUGUGUAACAUUGCCGAGCGUUUCCUAUCUAAUCACCCAGACCAGGGGGAGGAAGCUCGGAUCCUCUGUACUUACUGCAUUCAAUCUCCUGUACUUGCUGCUAAAACAUGUUUGCUGUGCGAAGCUUCUCUGUGUGAAAACCACCUGAAGGUUCACAGCAGGUCACCAGAACAUGUCCUAACUGAACCCACCACUUCCUUCAUGCACAGAAAAUGCUCCAUCCACAAGAAGGUCCUGGAGUAUUACUGCUCUGAGGAUGCUUCCUGUAUCUGUGUGUCCUGCAGCUUGGCCGGAGAUCACCGGGGACACCAGGUGGACACUCUGAAUGACGCCUCUGAGAAGAAGAAGGAGAAACUCAGAAAUAUUCAAGAGAAACUGACCUCAAAGAGAGAGGAGGCUGAGAAAAAAGUCCAUAGUCUGCUGAAGUACAAGAAUGAAGUGCAAGAAAAAGCAGCUGGAGUAACAGAGCGAGUCACUGCCCUGAUUAGGGAAAUCAAGGAACAGAUAGAGGACUUAGAAAAGCGAGUCCUGAAUGAAAUUUCCAGACAGGAAGAGCAGGUCUCACUCCAAGUCUCAGAUCUUAUCCAGCAGCUAGAAAUAAAGAAGGCGGAUCUGUCCAGGAAGAUGGGUCGCAUUGAGGAGCUGUGUAACAUGAAGGACCCAUUGACUGUGUUACAAGGACGGGAAUCUGACAGCGCUGACUAUUGUGAUACUGAAGAUGGAAAUCAUGAGAAUGAAGAGUGUGAUGAAGAAAUGGUCAGUGCUGUAGGUGAUCUUGAUGCUUUCUUGAUCUCAAUGAUUUUACAUAAAGGCCUAGCUGAAAUUAUAAAGAAGAGAUUGCAGAAUGUUCCAGGAGCUUCGGUCAUGUUACCAGAUGUGAGCGUGACAUCAAACAUAUCACUAGAUGAAAACACAGCAAGUCAAGUAGUUUCCAUAUCACAUGAUGGGAAUAGUGUUUCCUUCCCAAGAUAUACCAGCCAUCGUCCUGAAACUCCAGAGAGAUUUUGGGGCAGACAGGUUAUAAGCACCAGGCGUUUUUCCUCUGGGCAACAUUACUGGGUAUUUGAAAUCAAUGAAUCCGGAAACUGGAUUGUAGGGAUGGCCUAUCCCAGUAUAGACAGGAAGAAAUUUGAGUCAUUAAUUGGGAUAAAUAACAAGUCUUGGGGUUUGGGUAGGUGGAAGCAUGAUCCAUACACAGUGAGGUAUAAAGGAAAAGAAACUAAUUUGCUUCAUUACCCUUCCCGUCAGAUAAUAGGAAUGUAUCUUGACUAUGAGGCUGGGCGACUGGCCUUUUACGAGCUGGGUGACAAAAUCAUACACUUACACACCUUCACUGCCACCUUCACCGAGCCGCUGCAUGUUGGGCUGGGUGUUUGGGAUAACUUAACUGGUCUAGGGAGAAUUACAAAAAUAAACAUCUUACGAACGGCUUAUUGAUGUGUAGAGGGUAUAAUGUACUUCGACUGGGAACACAUAUUAAACAUACUUCAUAGAAUAUACCUGAACAGAACUGGCUGUUAUAAUUAAUGAAUGGUUGUUAUCUUUCAUUUUUCAAUAAAAAAGCAGCCCUGGAAAAUGUUGAUAACAGCCCCAUAAUGCAUUGCAUCAGUAUAGAUGCAGAUAAACAGGUGUAAAAAUAAACUUCAAAUUGAAAAUUAUUUCUCCAACAUGAAAUACUGCACUCAUAGGGCUGAGACACAUUAUAAAAGAAAAUGAAGCAUCACAUGAAAAAGGUUCAUUCAAGUUAUAGGGGAUUUUCAAUGUUUUAAUCAAGGUUUUGUGUUUUGUGUUAAAGGGAAACUAUAGUCCCCCCCCUGGGAAUCUG